CGCAGAUAGGCAGGUCUCUAUCAAGUAAUCAUCAAAUAGGCAACAGGAGUUUCUAAUGGCAAAUCUUUUGAUCAGCUUAUCGUGUCGUCCCUGAUAUUCUAUCCAGCAGGAAACGAUGUGCAAUACAACCGCUCUAAAUAGACAGUAUAAAUAAACCACCAUAUGUGUUCAAGCUCCUCAUAGGAAAGCCUUCUACUCUCAACAAUCUUCAGAAAUAUACUCACUUCGCACGCCUUCUAAAAAUCUCUCAACAGCCACGUCAAACUCUUGAGCCCACUGUGACAAUGGAUGUGGUGAAUGUAUUGAUUCAAGACAAGCCAGUGGUGAUUUUCAGCAAGAGUUCUUGCUGCAUGAGCCACUCUGUCGAGACACUUAUACGAGGAUUUGGAGCUAAUCCAACAGUUUAUGACCUCGACAGAAUUCCAAAUGGACAACAAAUUGAAAGGGCAUUAAUGCAACUUGGGUUUCGACAGAGUGUACCUGCUGUGUUCAUAGGCCAACAGCUGGUUGGUAAUGAAAGGAAUGUGAUGAGCCUACAUAUUCAGAACCAGCUAGUCCCAUUGCUUAUACAAGCAGGUGCUAUUUGGAUUUAGAAUAAAUUGUUUCUCCCUGACACAGGACAUGGAUCAUGUCAUCCUGCUCAACAUUUAGAUAAGCUACUAGUUUUUUCUUUUUUUUCUUUUUUUUCCUUUUCUUUUUUUCCGAGAAGCAGAAAAUAAUAAGAGGCAUGGUUCAGAACUGUUUUAGUUUUUAAUUUAUCCUGACAGGAUCACUCUUGUUUGCUAAUAAGAACUUCCACACAUCUAUGCUGUCUUUGGUAAA